AUGUCUGACAGAUUUGUCAUUUGGGCACCUUCAAUGCAUAGUGAGCCUGCUGCCAAAUGUGGGUACUGUCACGGCAGUAAAGGGGAAAACAGGGACCAGCUGUUCGCUUUGGAUUCAUGGGCACAACGUUAUAUGGGCAAAUUGGACGCUAUAGAGAUUGAUAACUGCACAAUAGGCUCUUUCGUAGAACAUAUGGACGUAGCCACAUAUGAUCGUUUGUGCAAUAUGGGGUUUAGACGCUCUGGCAAGUUUCUUUACAAAGUGGAUCCUUUGAGGAACUGCUGUAGGCUAUAUACUAUUAGAACCGUCCCUCAAGAAUUGAACAUGACGAAGGAACUGAGAAAAUGCGUCAGCCGUUUUGUCACUAGGAUUGUAAAUGAUAAUUCCUGCACGUCUCCCCUUCCAAGCCGUGAUUUUGUUGGCAAAAUUGUUGAUGCAGAGCUGAACUCCAAGACAUUCCAUACCAGAUUUGAACCCGCAAUUUAUAGUGAUGAGAAGUACCAGCUAUUUGUCAAAUAUCAGGAAAACGUCCACCAGGACUAUAAGAACUCGCCCAAGUCCUUCAAACGAUUCCUAUGUGAUACGCCGUUUGGUCUCGAAGCGGUGUUGGGAACACAAGAAUCGUGGGACCAGUUGAACAAUUGGCAACGUAUGGAGCCAGGUGAGAAACUUAAACAUGUCGGGCCAGUCCAUGAAUGUUACUACUAUGAGGACAAACUGAUUGCCAUUACCGUGUCGGAUAUCUUACCAAGUGGUAUAUCCUCGGUGUAUUUCAUUUGGGAUCCAGAUUACAGUAAAUGGUCCUUGGGGAAGCUCAGUGCUUUACGUGACCUUGCUAUCAUUCAAAAGACCAACCUGCAAUACUACUAUUUGGGCUACUACAUUCAGGACUGUCCUAAGAUGAAUUAUAAAGCAAGCUACGGUGCAGAAGUAUUGGAUGUGUGCCAUGGUAAAUAUAUACCACUAAAAAUCAUCGAAAAUAUGAUUUCUAGAGGUAGACUCUUUGUUCUGGGUGAGGAAGAGACAAACGUUUCCAGGGAACUACAAAUCAUCGACUCUGCUGCCGGAAAAGGCGCAAGAUUUUUUAUUGAUAACAGUACCAAGUACAAGAACAUUGCCGAAGAAAUAUACGGUGUGAAUGGGCGUGCAUUCGAAUCCGCCAAUGGCUCAGCAUUGCAAUUGAAGGAGCUCUACGGUAUACCGUACGAAGAGGAGGACUUGGAUACCAUUUACCAUUUGAAAGAGCAGAAUGACUCUUCUCCCGGUGGUAUUCCCAAUGUGGUGCCCGGGUUGCUCCCACUGUGGGAAUUGCUUCACAUCAUGGAGUCUGGCAAGAUCACUGACCUGGAAGGAAGGCUAUUUCUGUUUGAAAUCGAAACGGAUGGCAUUCGCCCACUGAUGAAUUUCUACAAUGAACCUCCUCAUGUCAAGAAAUGCAUUUGUGAUCUGAUACGGUUGUUUGGUUUCGAAACAUGCAUGAAAGCCGUCAUUUUAUAUAGUGAGCAAAUGUGA